ACAAAGUGGGCUGGGUGGUGGUAUUGGAAGGUGUUGGCGGCGGCGGUGAUGGAAUUGAGCUACUUCACUCAGAGUUAACUGUUCGUUGUGAACAGCAGGACUCUACAGAGCUACAGAUUUACAGCGGUGUAUAACGCUGUGAGUCACAGCUGAGCUUCUGGAGAUCAUAGGCCGCUGGACUGGGCUGCUGAUCCUUCUGAGCAGAGAAGAAGCGGCCCCGCAGCUGGUGACCUAAACAACCUGAAGAUGUUGGCUCUGAGGACGUUUGUUCUGCUGGGAAUGAGCUGGACAUGUCAAGCUGCAUCUGGUGAUCCGUGGGGCCAGUGUCCAGUCAUCAGAAAGUGUAAGGACAAAUUUGGAGACGGAUCAUGUGACAAAGAGUGUAUGGAGCCAGAGUGCCUCAGAGACGGCUUCGACUGCCUGAAGAACAGGGGCCAGUGCAAUCCAGGCCACAUCCAGUACUGCCGUGAUCACUACGCCAACUCACACUGCGAGCAGGGAUGCGACAGCGCCUCCUGUGGAUGGGACGGCAGCGACUGCUUCACACACCAGAGUCGCAUGUGGGCCAAAGGCACGCUGGUCGUUCACACCAGAAAUCCACUACAACGUGGCACCUUCUCCAACAGCUCCCUGCUCUGGGCGCUCAGCGUCCUCCUCCAGUCGCCACUCAAACUAAGAGGCUCUGCCCCCCUCGCCAUCAACAGGAAGCUGUUUGACUUUGAUCCACAACAGCUUGCCAACCUGCUGACACAGGCACCACCAGCUGACUCAGAUGGCUCCCUCCUUUUCCUCCAAGUGGACAACAGGCCAUGCUCCCGUCUGCCCUCUACCUGUUUUCCCUAUGCCACAGAGGCAGCCAGUUUCCUGCGUGCCGUAAUGUUGCUGAAGACCUCCUCAUUCCCCAUGCUUGAUGAGCUAACAGUCGUCAUCAGUAUUAGAGGAGUCCGAGAGGAAAUAGGAAGCAGAGAGGAGGAAACUGAGAUAAAGGAAGUCAAAGAGCCGACGCCUGCGUGGCUGUGGGCCGUGAUUGCCAUAGCGAUCGGCCUGCUGCUGGUGCUGGUCCUGGUGGUGUUCUUGGUGGUGAGGAGGGUGAGGCAGCAGCGGGCAGAGAGGGAAGACGGCAACAGGGUGAGACACCGGUCCACAGUCACAGACAAUGACCCCAAAUCCAAGGCCUUGACCCCGCACACAGCCCACCAAGAGCAGAGGGUCAGAUCCAGCAGAGAGAAAGACAAGAUCAGCUUGAGGAAAAAGAAGAAAGCAAAGGAAGCAGAGAAAAAGAGAAGGCGGGAACCGCUGGGGGAGGAUGCCAUUCGGAUGCGACCUCUCAAAAGGGACCAGGAUAUAGGAAGUGACACAGACUUUACCCAGAGUUCAAUGGAAGACAUCAGUGCGAGAUGUUCCAGGCGACAGGAAGCCGCCUCCAUCUGUGACCACAGGACCCAGGAGCAGAAACACUACCGGGCUGGAACCUCACAGCCACGCAGACCUGUACAACCUCCACCUAGAGGAUGGGAGAGAAAUGCCAUGCCUCCUCCUCUGCUCAGUCCUCCUCAGCAGUCGGCAGAGUGGUGUGGCCCGGAUGGGUCUGUGGUUCUGAUCCGAGCGGUGCGUAGUGGGCUGGACAGAGUGGUUUUGGAGCUGCUGAGAGCAGGAGUGCCCGUCAACAACACUGAUCAUACUGGGAGAUCAGCCCUGCACUGGGCAUGCUCAGUAAACCACCUCUCCCUAACAAGGACCCUCAUUCGCUAUGGGGCCGCUGUGGACCUGCAAGACAAUAAGGGCGAAACAGCGCUCUUCCUCUCCGCCCUCCAUGGUUGCUAUGAUACGGCCAGACUUCUCCUCCUUCAUGGUGCCAACCUUGAGCUGCAUGAUCGGAGAGGACGUCGUCCGAUCGACGUGGCCAGAGAGGGCAUGCGUCACCAGGUGCUGGAGCUCCUGUUAGCUCACCAAAUUCAGAGAGGGCCCGUUCCCGUCGACUCGGCCAAUGACAUGCUGUGGGAGGAGCGUGCACUGAUGUACUCGCCAUGGGUCGGAUCACAGGGCCUGUCUGGAAGAAGUGCCUCCUUCUCUGGGAUCAUAGGAAAUCGAGAUAUGACCCCACCUCCACAAAAUGAUUGGUCGAUGAGCCGAGUGCAGUACCCCUCUCCUCAGAACUGGCGACCACAGCUCAACCAAUCAGCAACAGCACUGGUCCCGCCAAGAAUCAUGGGCCGCUCGCCUCGGCCAAUCAGCACCUUACAGGAGGUUACUUCAGAAGACGAGGAUCGGGACAGGCACCAGGAAGUCCCCAGAGCUGCAACACCUCACUUCCUGUCGCCCCAGCCUGCCCCUCGGCAGCGUUCCUUCUCAUGCACCCAGCAUGCAUUGCAGCGUCGCUCCAGUGGCCACCAGCCAGAGCCCAAUUAUGUUAUUGUGACAGACAGAACAGCCAAUGAGCCCAUAGAAAGAGUGGUUGUUUCACCUCCCGCAGAUGUUAUCGCCCAAUCAGAUCGCCAGCCAGUUGUAAAUGGUGACAAUCCCAGUAGAGCAGAACAAGCAGCAGUGAGUUCAGCAAAUUCAGAGCAGAAAUCCAGAGGUGAAAGGUCAAACAACACUGCUGACUCCACACAAACAGCCUUGUAGAGAACAGACAGAAGAAGCCACAGCUGCCUUUCCAUUCAGCCUAUGUGAAUAAGAUAAUGACUUACAAUAUUGACAGAGAGGCACUGAGAUUAAGUUUGGCAUAAGGUAUAUUUAGUUGUUAAGCUCAGUGCAAAGCAGAGGGCUUAGAAGGAGGCCCAAAGCUGGAGGGAGUCCAACAUUGAUUUAUUGGGACCUUAAUUAUUAUCCAAAAUGCAUCUGUUGGGUGUCGCCUGACGGAUUUGCUUGGUUACUUGUUACAUUCUUGUCAAAUUAAUACACAGCAGCACUUACCAAAUCACCUCCCCAGUUUGCCUAAAUUAUUAUUAUGAUUAUAUUUUUUACUAGGGAGUGGGACACUGUUCCUUGUAAAUGAUCUGUCACAUGACAGAGUCUAAUAGGUAAUAUAAUGACAUGUCUGAGAUGUCAGUCAAACGUGAUGAACAUCACAGUCAAACUGAAAUCUUUAUAAAUACUCUAAUAUAUUCAUAUUUUCUUGACAUUCAACAGGUCAUAUUCUGAUUAUUGCGGAAACGAACAAGGAGAAGUUAUUUUUUAAAAUAUGUGCAUGGUUGGCACAUCCUGCUGAUGCAAUAAAGUGACUGUAAAUAAUAUGGAUUUUGUAUUUUAUUUUCAAAUGACCUUACCUGGUUGCCAUGGUGGAGUGGGUGGAAUUCAACAAACCCUGAAACCCAACAAAGCCUGACCAAUUUGAUAUGUCAGGAAACUUUAAAGAUUCCCACAACCAUUUAAAUUAAA